AUGAAGAAUUCCAGUAUCACUGAGGGGGUUUUACCUACCACAUUCAUUCUGGUUGGCAUCCCAGGGCUGGAGACGGAGCACAUCUGGAUAUCCAUCCCCUUCUGCCUGAUGUACACCAUCAUCUUCCUUGGGAAUGGCAUCAUCCUCCAUGUCAUCAGAACAGAUGCUGCCCUGCAUCAGCCCAUGUAUCUCUUCCUGGCCAUGUUGGCACUGGCUGAGGUUGGUGUCUCAGCCUGUACCCUGCCUACGGUGUUAGGCAUAUUCCUUUUUGAUAUCUCUGAGAUUUCUUUUGAAGCAUGCCUCCUUCAGAUGUUUUUCAUCCAUUCUUUCUCCAUUCUUGAGUCAGCUGUGCUGCUGGCCAUGUCUGUGGACCGGUUUGUGGCCAUCUACAGCCCGCUACGCUACACAGCCAUCCUAACACGGCCCCGCAUCAUGGGCGCAGGGGUCAGCAUCGCACUGAAAAGCACUGCGCUCAUGGCCCCACUGCCUGUGCUCCUAGAGAGACUUCCGUUCUGUGGCCAUAAUGUCCUAUCCCAUUCCUAUUGCCUCCACCCCAACCUUAUCCAUUUACCUUGUGGGGACGUUUCUGUCAAUAAUAUAUAUGGGCUUUUCAUCGUCAUCUCUACUUUUGGACUGGAUUCACUGCUCAUUGUGGUGUCCUACGGCCUUAUUCUUCACACCGUUCUGGGGAUUGCCACGGGGGAAGGACGGAAGAAGGCACUAAACACAUGCGGCUCACACGUUUGUGCGGUGCUGGCUUAUUACGUGCCUAUGAUUGGCUUGUCGAUGGUGCAUCGCUUUGGACGCCAUGUGUCUCCCCUGCUGCACACCAUGAUGGCUAACGCUUACCUCUUCUUCCCACCUGUCGUCAACCCCAUCGUGUACAGCGUCAAGACCAAGGAGAUCCGCCGUGGUAUUGUCCGAAUGCUGUCAGAGAAGGGACCCAGAGUUUAA